UCCUAACUGAUCCAAACAUUAUACUAUAUCUAUAUUGUUACACAGUUGGCAAUGGCCCCUUUCAUGUUAUUUACUCCAAAUGUUUACUCAGUUGGAAGUGCGAAUCGUUGUUGCGGUAGUGUGUUAUCAGUAGACUUUAAAUACAUGACUUAUUUCAAUGUAAUCGAAUAUUACCAUUUUGAUAAAGCGAUUUUACACCGGGAUAUCGCGUUUAUGAUGAUAUUCGCGUAGCGUAUGUUUAUGUUCGGUGAGAUAUGAAAUGUGUUUGUGUAGUUACGGUUUGGUUACGGUAACAAAGCGGUGUGUUGGUUACAAACAACUGUCACUUUCUGAAGCAUUUUAUUAGUUUUAUCGGUUCUACAAUCGUAUCACCUCGUCAGAGUUGCAUAUUCCAAAAAUUCACUUUCUCCGGGGCUUAGUCUAGCGGAAUUCUUGCCUAUGCACCGAACCAACGUAGUGAAAGUAUUUAUAUACUCUAUUUUUUGCAUCAUUCUUAGCCUGGUGUGUGGUAAUCUCUAGAUUUUCCUUCGACCCUUCCAAAGAAAUUUAAAUAUCACUGGUUCUCUUACAACGACUUCAAACUUCAAAUUACGUUGCCUUUACUCAUUCACUCUAUGAGUAGUUAGCUUUAAAUGAGCAGCUCCGGAUAACUGCUCUCACUCCGUAAAACCUGGUAGAUAUUAGAGCAUUCAGUUUGUCAUUUUUAUGUACAAUGAUGUCUCAGAAAAGUUUUGUUAUCAUAAUCUGUGCAUUGGGAAUAUCUCUCGCAGAACAUAUUGAUCUGGGAAGUGUGAUCUUUGCAAAUAUUUUGUUCAGGCAUGGCGAUAGGACACCCGUUGAUCCUUAUUCCACUGAUCCUUAUGCUAAUGAAUCACUGUGGCCUGUGCCAUUCGGCGAUUUGACAAAUUUAGGAAAAGAAGAACAUCUUUUGCUAGGCCGCUCGUUCAGAGAACGUUACUCUCAUCUUCUGCCCCAGACCUAUAGUCGGUACGACAUUUAUGUAAGGAGUACAGACGUUGAUAGGACCUUAAUGUCUGCCGAAGCUAAUUUAGCAGGUCUUUAUCCACCUUAUGGAAAUCAAGUUUGGGAUAAAGUGAAAUGGUUACCCAUACCUGUGCACACUGUACCAGAAUUGGAAGAUAAUAUUUUAGCUGGCAAGAAAGAGUGCCCUAGGUAUAAUCUUGAGCUCAAGAAAGUGGUAAACUCACCAGAAAUGAGAGAAAUUAAUGAAAGGAACAAAGACCUCUAUGAGUAUGUUACUAAAAAUAGUGGAAAUCUCAUUACAUCAAUUCUUGACAUCGAAAGGGUGUAUGAUACGCUUUUCAUUGAGGAGCUGUUCAAUUUCACAUUGCCAGAAUGGACGAAAUCUGUAUACCCAGAGAAAAUGAAGCCUCUUGCAGAAUUGUCUUUUACCCUAGAGGCUCACACCAAAAUUCUACAACGGCUAAGAUCAGGUCUAUUGAUAGGUGAAAUGGUGGACCACAUUGUGAGAAAGUCACAAAAUACAUUAACCCCUGAUAGAAAAGUUUGGAUUUACAGUGCUCAUGAUAAUACAAUAUCAAAUUUUUUAAUGAGUCUCAACUUGUUUGAACCUCACAGUCCUCCAUAUGCGGCGACCGUGCUUGUGGAGUUGAGAGUAAACUUACUCAAAGAGCAUAUUGUUACGAUUUCCUACAAGAAUUCAUCUGGUGAACCAAGGCUACUGAAACUGCCCGGUUGCACAGUAGCAUGCCCUCUGAAACAAUUUGUGAAGUUAACUAAAGAUACUAUCCCUGAUAAUUGGGAAGAAGAGUGUCUCUUGAAUUGGAAAGAAUAUGAACACAGUAUUAACACAUCGUCCAUUGUUGCUGUAUUGACGUCCCUGGUGCUAGUCUUGAUAUUGUUGGUUUUAUUGAUCAUUGGAUUUGUUUACUGGCACCAUAACUGUGAUAAUAAUCGCUACUAUCUUAAAUUAAAUACUGAUGCCAUCUGAAUAAAAGCUGAGUUCUCUAGUCAUUAGGAUCGCUAAUCUGACCACAAUAUUGAUUCGAGAGACUUGCAUAGAGAUUUGGCAAAUGAGUCCUUCACGCAUAAUACAGCACAAUAUUUUGGCUAUCACUUUUACCAAAUAAAAAAUAAUUCACAAUUAAUUGAGUGAUAACAAAAAGA